GUAUUAAUUGGAUUAGUAAGAACUUUGGGCGUUGACCAUAAACUAUCUUACUUUUGUUUUAUCUAAUGAACGGUUAAGUUUCGCUGUUACUUUAUUACAAUAACUUUGUUAAACCUAUUAUCUACCUAUUGUAUUAUUUCUGUGAUUUGUUGCACACGGGAUAUAAAAUAAUAUAUAUAAAAAUUAUUUCAUGAAUUACUUUUCAAAGGUUAUAUGAUUAUGAACAAAUAUGUGGCUUUUGAUUCUAUUAUUAACUGUGCUCGGUGGUAAUUGUCAAGAAACUUUAGAAACAACUCGGUCUCCAUGGCUUAGUGGAAACAAAAAUGAAAAUAUAAUAAUAAAAGAUGCCACAUAUUUUGUGGUGGCAUCGCGUAUGGUACGCCCAGGGCAGAUUUAUCGAAUAGCUGUAAGUGUUUUACAUAGUUCACUACCAAUGGUCAUACGUUCUUCUAUACAACGUAAUGGAGUAGAAAUUGCAGCUGAUCAUCAAGAAGUUAAAGAGGGUAUACCAGAAACAUUAUUAAUGCGUAUGCCACUUACUUCCGUACAAGGGGAUUAUAACUUACGCAUCGAAGGAUUAUAUAAUAGUUUGACCGGAGGUCAAGCCUUUUUAAAUGAAACUAAACUUAUUUUUUCCCAAAGAUCUAUGACAAUUUUCAUCCAGCUAGAUAAGCCAGUAUAUAUGCAGGGAGAAACAAUACGGUUUAGAGCCGUACCUAUUGACACCGAAUUAAAAGCAUUUAAUAGUCCUAUCGAUGUCUAUAUGCUAGAUCCACAUAGACGUAUUAUGAGACGUUGGCUGAGCAGACAAAGUAAUUUAGGAACUGUCUCUUUAUCGUACCAGUUGUCAGAUCAACCAGUUUUUGGAGAAUGGAUCAUACAAGUUAUAGCUCAAGGACAAGUAGAAGAGAAAAGAUUUUUGGUAGAAGAAUAUUAUCAAACACGCUUCGAAGUUAAUGUCACGAUGCCAGCAUUUUUUUUCGAAAAUGAUCCAUACAUUCAUGGCAUUGUUCAAGCAAAUUAUACAUCUGGAGCACCUGUAAAAGGAAAUUUAACGCUAAAGGCCUCUUUCAAACCUAUAGAUAGAACUGGAAGUUCAUCAACGCAAAUAGAGCCUAUUGAAAGAUAUUUUAAUUUUAAUGAAUAUUAUCCCGCAUGGUUUAAACAACCAAACAUUUAUGAGGAGAAAGUGCCUGUAAUGAGAUUUUUUAAUGGAACAUAUCAUUUUCAAUAUCCAAUGGCAGAAUUACUUAAUUUUGCUCCAUCUUUGGAUGGAAUGGAAGUGAGCAUUGUUGCGACAGUUGGAGAAAGAUUUUUAGAUGAAAUUGUUGUUGGUUAUUCUAUGGCUAGGAUAUUUAAUUCAACCAUAAAAGUAUAUUUUCUAGGUGGCACUCCACAGGUAUUCAAGCCAGCUAUGCCUUUUACCGUGCAUUUAGUUGCAUCUUUUCACGACAAUUCAGCAUUACGAGUUACUCAACUUAAAGGAGCAACAAUGGAAAUACGCGGAGAAGUUGAGAUAAAGUCUGGUGGACGAAGAUCUAUGGAUUCACAAUAUCUGAAACCUUCUUCAGAGUACGAGGGUAUUUGGUCUACAAAAAUAGAUCUCAGAGAACAAAUUGGAUAUCCACAAAAUGCGGAACAAACUCAACAAAUGCUCAAUGAUAUCACUUCUAUGAAAAUAUCUGCUUAUUUUACCGAUGGCGAAGGAUUUAGAGCUCAAUCGGAAUUAUUAUUAUUCGCACAUGAAUCUCCAAAUCAGAAACAUAUAAAAAUAAUAACGUCAACUGAAAAAGCUAAAGUUGGAGAAUACAUAAUAUUUCAUGUACAGACAAACUUUCAUAUAGAUUAUUUUAAUUAUAUUAUCAUGGCUAAAGGAACAAUACUUCUAAGUGGGCAAGAAUACAUGCAGCAUAAUAUAAAAACUUUUGCAAUUCCAUUAAGCCCUGAAAUGGCUCCUGUUGCAACUGCAGUUGUAUAUUAUGUUGGCCAUUAUGGGGAUGUUGUUGCAGAUUCUUUAACUUUCCCUGUAAAUGGCAUCUCUCGUAAUAAUUUUACAGUAUUUAUUAAUAACAAAAAAGCACGUACAGGUGAAAAUGUGGAAGUUGCCAUUUAUGGAGAGCCAGGAGCAUAUGUUGCGCUUUCGGGUAUCGAUCGAUCCUUUUACACUAUGCAAGCUGGUAAUGAAUUAACUUAUGCAAAUGUUAUAUCGAAGAUGGCACACUUUGACGAAGAUACGAAUGGAACAUACUCUCAUACUUGGUUGCUUCAUGGCGGAGAUCCUGAUGAAAUGGUUUAUUUUCCAUCCUCUACAUUUGGGAUAGAUGUAAAUCGCACUUUCGAAUAUAUUGGAUUAGUUGUUUUUACAGAUGCACUGAUCUAUAGACGUCCAGAUCAUUGCAAUAGAACCCAAGGAUAUGGAGAGUGCCUCUCGGGCCGUUGUUAUAAAUUAGAAAAAAAGUGCGAUGGGAUGUUUGAUUGUGAAGAUGGUACAGAUGAAGCACGCUGUCAGCAUGGCAAUGCAACUGAUAUUUUAGAGUUUAGAAAGUGGCGUUUUAAUAGGAUUCAAAGACAAUAUGAAAAUGUUUGGCUUUGGAAAGAUAUAAACAUAGGACCACAUGGUAGACAAAUUUUCAACAUAGAUGUGCCACGCAGACCGGUUCAUUGGAUGGUCACAGUUUUUGGCAUGUCUCCGAGCAAAGGUUUUGGAAUGUUACCUAAAGCAUUGGAAUAUACAGGAAUUCUGCCAUUUUAUAUUAAUGUAGAGAUGCCAACGCACAGUAAACAAGGCGAACAGAUUGGCAUAAGAGUGUCCGUUUUUAAUUAUAUGCGUGGCGAUAUCGAGGCAACAGUUGUUUUAACAGGAUCUAAAGAUUACAAAUUUGUUCACGUUGAAGAUAAUGGGAUUGUUCAGUCAUAUAAACCACGCACUUCUUUUGGAGAACAUCAAUUCUUUUUAUGGAUACAUGCUCAAGAUGCAACCGUUGUAUAUCUACCAAUUGUUCCAGUAAGACUGGGUGACAUUAAAAUACAUAUUUAUGCAACGACAUUAAUAGGACGUGAUUCGGUUACACGCACCUUACAUGUAGAAGCUGAUGGCCUACCUCAACAUAGACAUCAAUCUAUUCUCCUUGAUUUAAGUAACAGAGCGUAUGUAUUCCAAUACAUGCACGUUAACAUUACAGAAACACCAAUUAUAUCUUAUGAUGAAAAUCGUUAUUACGUGUUUGGAUCAAACAAGGCAACCAUAAGUGUAGUUGGGGAUGUGGUUGGACCUAUAUUUCCAACAAUGCCUGUCAAUGCUACAAGUCUUAUAGAUCUUCCAAUGGAUUGUGCUGAACAGAAUAUGUUCAGUUUUGCCGCUAAUAUGUAUACGACAUUGUAUAUGCGUCUAGUCAAUCAACGCAAUAGAACGCAAGAGAAGGAAAGCUUUUAUUAUAUGAACAUUGGAUAUCAACGCCAGCUUUCGUUUAUGAAUCCUGACGGAUCUUUUAGCCUUUUUCGCAGUGAUUGGAACCAAUCUGCAUCUAGUGUAUGGCUCACUGCUUAUUGUGCGCGCAUCUUUCAAGAAGCAAGUUUUUAUGAAUGGGAAAACUAUCUAUACAUAGAUCCCGAUGUAAUCACACAAGCUGUUUCUUGGGUAUUAAAGCAUCAAACUCCAGAAGGAUCAUUUUACGAAGUGACAUGGUUACCAGAUCGAAAAAUGAAUAGCUCUCUCAAUUAUAAUAGUGAUAUAAUAAGGUUCAGAAAUAUUAGUCUUACUGCUCAUGUGCUUAUUACAUUGGAAACUGUAAGAGAUUUGACAGGUGGUUUGGGUUCUCAAGUAGCUUUAGCUUCUGCAAAUGCCAUUAAAUGGUUAGAGAGAAAUAUGAAACUUUUAGAAGAAAAGGGCAAACCAUACGACGUUGCUAUCGUAUCAUAUGCAUUAUUAAUGGCGAAAGCUUCUACAGCAGAACAAGCAUUUAAUAUUUUGACUAGGCACGCACGUAGAGAAGGUGGUUUAACUUAUUGGGGCAGAGAACCUGUUCCACCUCCGCCACAAAAAUUGGAAAAUCAAAAACCAUUCCUCCUCCCACGUUUACCUUACAAGUAUGAUGCAGAAAAUAUAGAAACAACAGCAUAUGCACUUCUUGUCUAUGUCGCAAGACAAGAGGUAAUGAUAGAACCAAUAGUAAAAUGGCUAAAUGCACAGAGAUUGACAGAUGGUGGAUGGGCUUCCACGCAAGAUACCGCGUGGGCUAUGAAAGCUUUAAUGGAUUAUACCGUCCGAUCUAGAAUUAGGGAUGUUAGUUCAUUAAAUGUAACAAUAGAAGCUACAGCUUUACCUGGGAAGACACAAAUAUUAUCUGUAAAUCCAAGCAAUCUUGCAAGACUUCAAUCUAUCGAGAUACCUGAAGCAUGGGGAACCGUAAAAGUGCAAGCGAAGGGUGCUGGAUAUGCAAUAUUGCAAAUGUCAGUGCAAUAUAAUGUUGACAUUAAAAGAUUUCAGACUCAGCCACCUGUGCAGGCAUUUGAUUUAAUAACCAGAGCUAAUUUCCAUGGUAGAAAUCAAUCUCACAUUUCAUAUCUCAGUUGUCAGAGGUGGACAAACAUUGAUGAAUCAUCCCGCUCUGGAAUGGCAGUUUUGGACGUAGCCAUUCCAACUGGUUACAUAAUUCAACAACAAAAUCUUGAUAAAUAUGUAUUAUCAAGGAAAGUAAGGAACUUACAAAGAGCACGGUUUCAAGGCAGAAAAGUCUUAUUCUAUUUUGAUUAUUUAGAUCAGGAAGAAACUUGUAUUAAUUUUACAAUAGAAAGAUGGUAUCCAGUUGCAAACAUGUCACGAUAUCUUCCCAUCAGAGUCUAUGAUUAUUAUGCUCCAGAACGGUUCAAUGAAUCUAUAUUUGAUGCUUUACCAACUUACACUCUAAACAUCUGUGAGGUGUGUGGUAGUUCGCAAUGUCCGUAUUGUCCCAUUUACAAUACUGCUACUAUUUUGGUGUCUUCAACAAAUCUUAUCUUUAUUACAACUAUUUUAAUAACUAUAAUGAGAUACUAUCGAACACAAGAAUUCAACGUAGGAUAGUUUUCUUCUAUAAUUUUCAAAUAACCAUACCACGAUAGAAAAAUUUACAAAAUAUUUCGAUGAUACAAAUAAUAUAAACGCAAGUAUUAUUUAUUUUUUCUUGCAAUUACAGAAUUACAAGUGAUAACAUGACAAAUUAUCAUUUGUCACAUGUUAUCAUGUUAUCAUUUACAAUUUUUUAUUACUUGAUUAUUAACUCAUGUUUUAUGUAAAAGUAUUCCCAUUGAUUUAACAUAUGUAAUUUAAACACAUAUUUAAACACACUUUUUGCACAUAGUUUUAGUUUGUGUAAAAAUAAUAUUUCUCAAAGAUCUGUAUAUAGUAUAUUGGAGCAUAAAAAGAUGCUGUUCCAAAGCACAAAGAGAUAAAAGAAAACGAUACCGUCCUGUUAUAUGUAUGUUCGUUCAUAUCCAAGGAAAUAUUUGGGCAAAAGAACAAGACAUACGUAUUAACAUAUUUCAUUGUUUUAGAUAAGCAUAAGAGAUAUAUUUUAAUAAUUAGAUUUAUAUUUUAAGUAUUAUAUUAUAUUAUAAUAAUUAUCAUAUAUGGCAUACUUCUCUUAUAUUAAAUUGCGAUGGUCUACUGAUAUACAAUAUUAAGGCUUAUUAUCCAAUAAGAUGUAUGCAUACAGGGAUAGAGAUAUUUAUUGAUGCACAUCACAAAUAUAAGUUGCAGGUCUUAAUGUCGUAUGAAAUGUAGACUCAUUGCAAGUCUUUAAAGCAGAUUCUCGAUCUGCAUAAUCUUUCAAAUGCCGUCCAUGCAAGUCUGUUAUAAUAUAGCUUAUAUUUUAAAUAAUUUGUGCUAUAUAUAUGUGUUCAACAGGACAUCAGUUCUUUUUAUAUUACAUAUAUAUAUAUAUAUAUAUAUAUGCGUGUAUAUAUGUGUGUAUAUAUAUAUAUAUAUACACGCAUAUAUAAUGGUAAUCAGAGGUACAAAGAUAGUUUAAAUCUUAAUGAAAAAAAGGAACCGUCCUGAACUAUAUGUAUAAUUUCCAUUGUCGAGGCGAUAGAACUUAAUAAAAAGAAGUAGCAUUUAAUACACAUUAAAAAUAUUUUUAUGUUUUAUAACAUUUAUAAAAAUAAAUUAAAAUCGAAUUCGAAAUCUGUCUUCACGUAUAUUAAAGAAUUCAUCUUCCAUAUGUCUUUCCAACAUUGUUGAUUUUGUCUUUUGAUAGGAAGAAUAGCGACGAGGUGAAUUUGAUGGAGGGAAAAGGCCGUAAAUAUUUUUGAAGCAAUCUUUAAUAUAGCAACAUAGUCAGUCUUACAAUAAUAAGCCAAAAAUACAAUCUAUAUAUCAAGCUUGCGACGAACGGGCGAUAAACGCGUUUCCCUUGCUGAGUGCGUUUCUAUCGUUUGGAGAAAUUAUUAUGGCGGAUAAAGAAGGAUAAUAAUCAUUCAGGGAAAAAGAAUGCACGUUAAUUCUGCCCGUACUAUCGCGACGAAUUUUACAAUUUUACACAUAAUUAUAAUGUAUCACGUUUGCGAAAUCGUAGGUCCUAUACUCUCUCUUCGAUGUUGCUAUCUCUUUCUCUUUUUCUCUUGAGAUAAAAUAUACGCAUCGCGCCCUAUUCAACGAAAUUUUCUUAAAUAAUACAAGACCUAUCGCUGAUGAACCCCUUAUUGUUUAUAUUGAAUGGUUUAAAGGACAAAUCAUUACUGGAGCAUAGCAAAUUUCUAUGUCCUUGGUACGGAUUUUCCUAGAAGGACUAUGCUCGACAACAUAUAUACGUUCCGACAUAUCAAUCAUAUUAAAAAUAAUAUCUAGAUAAAUGAAAUGAUGAAAUUUUUGAAGAAUGUCUAAAAAAGUCUUUACAAGUGAUUCUACGAUGAAAAUGAAAGCAGAUUACCAAUAAUCCAGUUCGGUUAUCUGUUUUCAAAUGCGUAUCUGUAUUUUUAAUCAAUUAUCCAACUACUUUCUAUUGUUGAUUCUAAUUAACUUGCGCUCGAUUAUAAUUCCGAAGAAGUUUAGAAACAAAAAAAAAAAAAAGGGGGAAAAAAGCAAGAAAGAUGAGAAAGGAAAUUUUGAUCGUCCUUCGGUCGACGAAAUAAUCGAGCGCAAGUCGAAGAGGAUAGAUCUUGUUCAUAAUUCGCGCGUAUUUUCAAUGAGAAUUAUGAACGACAUCUAGCGAGAAGCUUCUAAAGCUUCCAAAACGUUACUACUGCUUUGCUUAGCCCAGUCUGAGGAUUCAUAACGCGCGAAGUUCAUUAAGUUUUGUCCUAAUUACCGUUCAUCACCAAAUCGCUCACAACAAACAUUGUAAUUACAAUAUUACAAUUCAUUGUUAUUCAUCGAAAAAAGUUUUUCUUUUUAUUCGGGGAGGGGGGGUUCCUCAGUGUGCCACUAAACACUCGCAUUUUGACGUUCUCUCGUGACAUACAGACCUAAACUCUAAAAUCAAAUAGGGCGGGAAAAACCAUCGAUACAAAUAUAUAGAUAUAUUAUAAUAUAAUAGUUAUUUGAUUAAACAUUUAAAGCCUUACGUAAAAUAUACAAUGUGAUGUGUGUAUUUUUCAUACGUUUUGUUUAUGCGAUAAUAUUACAUCAUGUUGUUGUUGGUAUUUUCUUUUUCGUAUGAAUAUAUCGCGUAACAUCGUUGCGUCACGUCGAAACGGAUGUAUUCUUCUCUUAUUUUUUUUUUCUUUUUUUCUUUUUUUUUUUUUUUUUUUUUUUUUUUUUUUAAA